AUGGAGGGCGCCGGGCCCGCCCCGCUCCCUCCGCCCCCGGCGCCAGCCACGGCAGAGCCCUCGCGGCAGCCGGGAGUUGAGGACCGAAGCCGCGCCCGGCAACCCGUUGCCCUGUCGGCACCUCCCCACUGCGGCCAGCUUGUGCUCCUGAGGCCCCGGCCCACUCACCGCGCCAGCCCGCCGCCGCCCUCGCUCGCUCGCCCCGCGCCCUUCGCGCCGCCGGAAGUGCAGGCCGAGCCGUUCGCCUGCGCCGCGCGGACCACAAGACCUUUGAGAUGGAGGAGCCACCCACAGGGCCGACGAGCUGCAGCCUGCGUGUCACGGCUUUUGAAGGACAACACCAGCCUAUCCCACCCCGAGACUUCAUUCUUUCUACAAAUAUUGUUUAAUUAUUAA